ACAUCGUCAUUGGUAUCGCACUGACACGCGGGAUCCACUGCGGCUGCCAAUCAAAUCCGUCGAUGGGGCUUCCCGGGGAUUUCCGCACUAUCCGGCCUGCUAAUUGGUGGGCUGCUGCGGCGUCGGGAAACUUUCAGGUACCGUUGUACAAUACAGGUCGGUAUGUCUGUAUGAUUGCUGCAGGGGGCAUCCCGGUCGAUGCUUCAUUGCUUCAAAGUUGGGUAUUCUUGCUGCUUCGCUUGCGCUCCGCUUGCGAUACCAACCCCCCCCCCAAAUGGAUUAUCUUGGAUUCUAUCCCUCUUGACUGGCCCUCCACUCCUACUCCUUUCCUGUUACGAUCACCUCAUCCCUGAAGCAUACAUCAUCCUGCGUGGUGUGGUGUGGGAUUAUCUUGUCAAGCACGGGUUGAC